UGCCGCAAACAAGGGCAGUGUGUGCCUGCUUGGGGAGCUCCUCCCAAGCGCAGGAGAGAGCCCCGCUCAGCUCUGUGAUGCCAGGAGGGGCACUCGGGACCCCCAGAGAGGAGCACGUGCCCCACAGCAUGCUGAUGCCUUCGUAGGAGGCAGCCUUGGGAGCCACCUGAGAUGUGAAAGGGGAUUUUCCAGCUCCCGGAAGAGCUGCAGAGGAUUGUGGUCAUUGCUCCUCUCUGCCACACGUACCACUCUCAACUACCCGCGAAGCAUCCCUGAGUACGUGGCCAUGUCCUGCCCCUUGCAGGGGCAGCCUCUGCAUCUCAGCUACCUCACUUCUGUUUUUACAACAACACCAGAAACUAUUUGUACUUACAAAAAUAAUGGUGGGAAUAUUUCUUUUCUACUGCUCUGCCCUACCAUGUCCGGUCCCAGCAGAAGUGAAACAAGCAGGGGCACAACCUGUUUUCCUCCUGUCCUCCCCUGGGGCUGAGCACCCACAAACACACCUCUGACUGCUCCUGCCCUGGCGCAGCAGUGGCAGCUCCCAUCCUGCCCAGGGGACCUCAUCUUUCCAAGGCGUCUCCCUGCCCUGGCAGCCGCCCCUUGGCCUCUCUGUCCAUUCCCAUCCCAAACCUGCUCACCCUCUGCACCGGAGCUGACACAAAGCAAUUGCUGCUGAAAUCCUGCAUGUACAGGCUGAGCUGCAGCUCUUCCAUUAAAAGGGAAAAUUGCAGUAAAGAAUUUUGCAAAGAUAAUGGCAAAAUACAGGAACAGAGUUUCAUUUACAUCGGUGGAGUAUACAGUCAUUGUAGCAGUUCAUGGAUUCUGUGGGAUGGGUUCCUCCUUUUGUGUAGGGCAAGUCCCACUGGAGCCCCGUUAAUUUCUUUGGAACUGGAAAAUGCUUGUGACCUGAGGGGCUCCCGCGUUGCCUUUAGCUGGAAGUGAGCAGAGCAAUUCCUGCAGAAAACCCUGCCAAGACGAUUUCACUUACAAGCAGAAGAGGGGUAAAAAAAGAUUUAUGAUGAUUCAAGAAGGUGGACACAAUGGGGCAUUUUCCUGGAGCAUUGGUGGAAGUUCAUAAAGGAUACUAAUGGGGGUGGGGGGUGGGGGUUGUUCUUCUGUCCUGUUUUUGGACCUUUCUCAUAAAGACUUAAAAAAGGCAGAGACAGGAAAAUACAUUGUGUAACUAAUUGUUCUUGAGCAGUAUAUGAAGAUUCACAGCCUGCAAAUGAGAAGAGCAUCCGGCACAGGAACUGGGAGGCUGCGAGCCACGCUCCUGCUCUGCCCGGUGCAGGAACCCCCGCGGCCACCUCUCGUCACACCUCGUCCCCCUGCGGUCCUCCUGCUGCCACUGCCAGCGCAGCGUGGAGAUGGGGGGCCGGAGAGGUCUCGGUGGCCGUGGACCGGGGCUGGCCCCUCCGGGGGUGCCCUUCUGCACCUCCCCGGGGGCUUGGCCAAGCCCUGCUCGUUGCGGUGGGCUCCUGCAACAGGGCACCGCCGCGGGACAGCGCUUCGCUGGGAGGACGGGGGCUCUUGGCUCUCGUGGCAUCUGCUACCUGGGCAUUGCUGCCAUCACAUGGGGCAUGGUGACACAGGUGGAGGCCUGGACGUACAGCUACAGCGACCAAGGGAUCUACUCAUGGGAGCAGGCCAGGAACUACUGCCGGACCUUCUUCACUGACCUGGUGGCCAUUCAGAACAAGGAGGAGAUCGGGUACCUGAACGCCACCCUGCCCUUCCACAAGCAGUACUACUGGAUCGGCAUCCGCAAGCAGAACAGCGUCUGGACCUGGGUGGGCACCAACAAGGCGCUGACAAAGGAGGCGGAGAACUGGGCGAAGGGGGAGCCCAACAACCGCCGCUCCAACCAGGACUGCGUGGAGAUCUACAUCAAGCGGCAGCAGGAGGCGGGCAAGUGGAACGACGAGCCCUGCAACAAGAGGAAGACGGCGCUGUGCUACAAAGCCUCCUGCCAGGCCUCCACCUGCCGCCCGCACGGCGAGUGCGUGGAGGUCAUCAAGAGUUACAGGUGCGAGUGCCACCCCGGCUUCGAAGGGGACGAAUGCGGUACCGCUGUGCAGUGCCCCACGCUCAACCCCAAAGGAGCACGCAUGACCUGCAGCCAUCCCUUCGGAGACUUCCGCUACAACUCCACCUGCGACUUCGUGUGCCCAGAGGGGUUUGAGCGGCGAGGUGCGGGCACGCUGCAGUGCCUGGCUUCACGGCAGUGGUCAGCGGAGACCCCCACGUGUGCAGCCGUCACCUGCCCCGAGCUGGCGGCUCCCAGAAGCGGCCAGGUCAAUUGCUCCCACCCACACGGAGCCUCCGCCUUCAGCUCCACGUGUGACUUCUCCUGCCAGGAGGGCUUUGAGGUGACGGGACCGGAGAGACUGUGGUGCACGGCUGGGGGGGCCUGGUCGGGGGUCCCCCCGCACUGCAAAGCCAUCACUUGCCCGGUGCUCAGGGCUCCAGAGCACGGAGAGAUGAACUGCUCCCAUCUUCAUGAGAACUUCAGCUUCAGUUCCACGUGUGCCUUCUCCUGCCAGCAAGGGUUUGAGCUCAUAGGGCCAGAAAGCCGUGAGUGCACAGCCAUGGGGACCUGGUCCGAGGAACCUCCACAAUGCAAAGCCAUCAGCUGCCCGGUGCUCAGGGCUCCAGAGCACGGAGAGAUGAACUGCUCCCACCUUCACGAGAACUUCAGCUUCAGUUCCACGUGUGCCUUCUCCUGUCAGCAAGGGUUUGAGCUCAUAGGGCCAGAAAGUAGUGAAUGCACAGCCAUGGGGACCUGGUCUGGGGACACCCCACAGUGUAAAGCCCUCACCUGCCCGGUGCUCAGGGCUCCAGAGCACGGAGAGAUGAACUGCUCCCACCUUCAUGGGAGCUUCAGCUUCAGUUCCACGUGUGCCUUCUCCUGCCAGCCAGGGUUUGAGCUUAUAGGGCCAGAGAGCCGUGAGUGCACAGCCAUGAGGACCUGGUCCGGAGACACCCCACAAUGCAAAGCCAUCACCUGCUCAGUGCUCAGGGCUCCAGAGCACGGAGAGAUGAACUGCUCCCACCUUCAUGAGAGCUUCAGCUUCAGUUCCACGUGUGCCUUCUCCUGCCAGCGAGGGUUUGAGCUCAUAGGGCCUGAAAGCAGUGAAUGCACAGCCAUGGGUACCUGGUCUGGGGACACCCCACAAUGCAAAGGUAGAGCUGCUGGUAAUGGAGUUGUUGGCCUGGACUUGGCCCCAGGAUGUUCUUGGGCUUCUCAUCCCAUACAGUUCAGCCUCGCAGUCCCCUGGCUCCUACUUGUGGUGUGCCUCUUUUCCCUUGCAGCCAUCAGCUGCCCGGUGCUCAGGGCUCCAGAGCACGGAGAGAUGAACUGCUCCCAUCUUCAGGAGAACUUCAGCUUCAGUUCCACGUGUGCCUUCUCCUGCCAGCAAGGGUUUGAGCUCAUAGGGUCAGAAAGCAGUGAAUGCACAGCCAUGGGGACCUGGUCUGGGGACACCCCACAGUGUAAAGCCAUCACCUGCUCGGUGCUCAGGGCUCCAGAGCACGGAGAGAUGAACUGCUCCCACCUUCAUGGGAGCUUCACCUUCACUUCCAUGUGUGCAUUCUCCUGCCAGCCAGGGUUUGAGCUCAUAGGGCCAGAGAGCCGUGAGUGCACAGCCAUGGGGACCUGGUCCGGAGACACCCCACAAUGCAAAGUCAUCACCUGCCCGGUGCUCAGGGCUCCAGAGCACGGAGAGAUGAACUGCUCCCACCUUCAUGGGAGCUUCAGCUUCAGUUCCACAUGUGCCUUCUCCUGCCAGCCAGGGUUUGAGCUUAUAGGGCCAGAGAGCCGUGAGUGCACAGCCAUGAGGACCUGGUCCGGAGACACCCCACAGUGUAAAGCCAUUACCUGCCCAAUGCUCAGGGCUCCAGAGCAUGGAAAGAUGAACUGCUCCCAUCUCUAUGGGAGCUUCACCUUCACCUCCACGUGUGCCUUCUCCUGCCAGCCAGGGUUUGAGCUGAAAGGGUCGCAGAGCCGUGUGUGCAUGGCCGUGAGAACCUGGACUGGGGACACCCCACGAUGCAGAGCCAUCAGCUGCCCAGUGCUGGAGCCCCCGAGCCGAGGCCGCCUGAACUGCUCUCACCCCCACGGCAACUUCACGUACAACUCCACCUGCACCUUUUCCUGCGAGGAUGGAUUUGUCCAGAUGGGAGCAGGGCUGCUCAGGUGUCAGGCCACGGGGAACUGGACCAGCCAUUCCCCUGUCUGCAAAGAGGAUGCUGCCCCCUUCUUAAAGCAAAUCCUGGUUUACACCAGCAGCAGUGCUCUGGUGGUAGCUGGUGUUGUGCUCUCCGGGACGCUCCUUGCCUUACUCGCCAAACGGCUCAGCGACAGAGAGGAGAAGAAGAAGCUCCUGAACCCCACCAGCGACCUCGGAUCACCAGGUGUCUUCACCAACGCAGCCUAUGACUCCAACUUGUGAGGUGCGUGCUGGCACGCUGCCACCUCGCAGCCCGCUGGGAGACAUUCCUUGCUCGGAAGAAGCGGCGUUUGGAAAACUCACGAGCUUGCAGGCUCCUCUGCCUGGAAGCGUGUGUGGAGAGGAGAACCCCAGGUGCAGGCCGAGCAGGCAGAGAGCCUCCCAAACCCUCUCCCCUCUCCUUGCAGGCGGGGGCUCCCCUGCCCAGAGCCCCCUCACACCCCACGCCGCAGCCCCAUGUGUGUGGAUGAGACCCCGGAGCUCAGCCAUGGACCCUCAGCUUGUGUGGGAAGGGGGGAGCCCCCGGCUGGGUUUUGGGGGGCAAUAAAUAAACGUGUGUGUGUGCGA